UCAGCGCCUGGUGGCUGGUAACCAGUGCGGGAAACUCAUCAACUUGUUUCAUGCUCGGCUGGCAGCGCAGCGAUGCCAGACCGACUGCGCACAUUGGUGGCCUGUUUGAGCGGAACCAAGUCCUACUAAGUGCCUGCAGCAGCAGAGGCGUGAAAGAAGGGGAACCAAAGGGGUGACGAUCUGGAUGGGUUUGGAGUGGACGUGUGCGCUCUGGAUUUGCUCGGAUGGGAUGCACAGUGAGCUUCAUCUGCUGUGAAGAGGACUUUCUGCAAAUGCCUGUUUACCAACAUGAGGAGGAGAAGAAGAAAGAGAGCCUGAAAAAGCCAGAGGAGUUGGAGGCUCUUCACUCCCAUACGUUCCGGGUGAAGACUUUCAAGAAGGCCAAGCACUGCGGCGUCUGUAAACAGACCAUCCUCCAGGACGGACUCAUCUGCCGAGUGUGCCGAAUAGCUUGCCACAAGAAGUGUGAAGUCAAGGUGUCUUCAUCUUGUGUUCCAGCGGCAAACUAUGAGCUGGCACCGAGCAGCGACCUCCCGCUCAAACAUGUAGACACCAUGGGCUCAACAAAAUCUUCAAAGAGCAUGGAGUCACGCCGCAGACCUUCAAGGAGUGCGAGUCUGCUGCAGUCCCUGGAGGAGAGCUACGAGCUGGACCUGAUCUACAUCACAGAGAGAAUCAUCUCCGUCUCCUUCCCCAGCAGCGUGGAGGAGCAGAGCUACGCUGCCAACCUGCGGGAGGUCGCCUCCAUGCUGCGCUCCAAACACGGCUCCAACUACCUGCUCUUCAACCUCAGUGAGAAGCGUCAUGACAUCAGCCAACUUAAUCCAAAGGUGGUGGACUUUGGCUGGCCUGACCACCAUGCUCCGGCCCUGGACAAAAUCUGCAGCAUUUGCAAGGCCAUGGACACCUGGCUGAGCGCGGACAGCCACAACGUGGUGGUCAUACACAACAAGGGCAACCGGGGCAGAACUGGAGUGGUGGUUGCAGCCUACAUGCAUUACAGCAACAUAUCUGCCAGUGCUGACCAGGCUCUGGACAGGUUUGCCAUGAAGCGCUUCUAUGAAGACAAAGUGCUUCCUGUGGGUCAGCCAUCUCAGAAAAGGUAUGUGGAGUACUUCAGCGGCCUGCUUUCCGGACACAUCAAGAUCAACAACAAACCCCUGUUCCUUCACCACGUCAUCAUGCACGGCAUCCCCAACUUUGAGUCUAAAGGAGGUUGUCGUCCUUUCCUCAAAAUCUACCAGGCCAUGCAGCCCGUGUACACAUCUGGGAUCUACAAUGUACAGGGUGACAGCCAGACCAGCAUCUGUAUUACCAUUGAACCGGGUCUUCUUCUGAAAGGGGACAUCCUGCUAAAGUGCUACCACAAGCGCUACCGUAGCCCGUGCCGAGACGUGAUAUUCCGGGUGCAGUUUCACACGUGCGCGGUUCACGACCUGGGGAUUGUCUUCGGGAAAGACGAGCUUGAUGAGACAUUCAAAGAUGACAGGUUUCCAGAAUAUGGAAAAGUGGAGUUUAUUUUCUCCUUUGGACCAGAGAAAAUGCAUGGUGUGGACCACCUGGAAAACGGGCCGAGUGUCUCGGUUGACUACAACACACAAGAUCCUCUGAUCCGCUGGGACUCCUACGAAAACUUCAAUCAGAACUGUGAGGACACCACAGACGAAGUCAUCCAUACCCAAGGACCACUGGACGGCAGCCUCUACGCCAAAGUUCGUAAAAAGGAGUCCGUUGAAGGAACAGUCACAGCAAACGGGCUCCCACCCACUGCUGCUGAACAUGCCCUGCCUGCAGUUGACCAUGCCUUGUCAGUGAGCAGCGACUCAGGAAACUCUACUGCCUCCAUCAAAACUGACCGAACAGAUGAAGCAGCAGCAGCCCUUCAGGCUUCCACAGUGAGCCAGACAAACGUUCCUGUAGGUGAGGAGCUACCCUUAGUCCAUCCCCACGCCCCACCUGCACAACAUCCAAUCAGUCCCCAAGAGAAACAGGAGCUUGAGCAGCUGCUGAGUGGCUUGGAGGGUCCCAUGCAUCGACAGGGCUACCUGUCUACCCCAACCUCUUCUGUUGGAGGCAUGCUUCACCUUGUGCCUGCCCAGGUCCAUGUCAAUGGGCACAAUAACAUUGACCGUGAGACAGACAUUUUGGAUGAUGAGCUGCCCACCAGUCAAGAGGGCAACAGUGUGGAUAGUCUAGGGACGUUCUCCUCAACAGAUGGACGGGCUACACCAGCUGACCUUUACUACCAGUCUGAGUCAAUUAUCAAUGGGCAGGAACAUGUGCCAUAUCUAGAGCGCAGCGUCCCAGAAAAGCCUCUGGAAACCAUCAAGCUACAGGUUGGCAUAUCCGAUAAGCCUGUUGGCAUAUCCGAUAAGCCUGUCACUUUGACACAAAAUAAUUUAUCCCCAUCCCCUGGUAAUUACAUGCCUACCCAGAAUGGCAAUCUGUACCGCUCUCAGUCUUUUGGUGCAGAGCCAAAUUCUAUGCCACAAGCUCCCGCCCGCACCACCAGUAGCAGGGAUGCCGUCCAGCGUGGCCUCAACGUUUGGCAGCAGUUCGGUGUACCCGAGGAGCCAGUAACCGAAGGCCUCACUUUUGGUCCACUUCCUCCUGUAGCAGUAAUGUCCAGCCACCACAGCCUCCCACAGUUCCCUCAUCGUCACAGCGCCUCCCAGAAAGAAAUUGAGCAAUCGAUUGAAACCCUCAAUCUCCUCAUGUUGGAUUUGGAACCAGGUCAUUCGCUGGUGCCAAAGUCCCAAAGUGCUCCACUGCGGGAAAACGUUGUAGUUACCACCCAGCCGUCCUUCUCCCAGAGCCAAACCAGGCCUUCCUGCCAGCCUGAUGUCGCCGUUCAUACCCACUUUUCUGGCCCUACGUCCAGCCGGGCCAGCCACUCGUCACCGGCUCAGAUAUCACCUGGGAAGCCUAGUACACCAGAGCCUGCACCUGUCCAGGGAUCUCUGAGUAACAGAUCUGAUAUGGCUGGAGCCUGUCCUUCCUCACAAGCCUCUGCCUCUGUAGCUGGUCAUACCCAGCUCAGGCCCAUCAACACCUACCCACCAAGCACAUUGUCCCAGUCUGCAGAAGUGUCUGAGCCCCAGAGAAGCCCUUGUGCUUCCUCAGCAUCACCCCAGCCAAGAGACAAUGAACCAGAUGAAGUCUUCAACGUUGAAGGUCUGGUGGCCCAAAGAGUGGCUGAAUACUCGGCUCGUGUCCAACGUGUCAUCCCAAGCAUUACCUCCUCUCAGUCUGAGCACCGCCGUUCUCACUCCCUCUCGGGUGUCCAGGCCCGUGCAGUGUCCUUGGACGAGCCUGCAACUCUGCCCCGCCGUCGCAUCACCAGUGACGGCCAAUACCAGAACGGUUCUGAUGACGUCCCCUCUCCUGAUGUCCCAGUUCGCUCCCCCAUCCGCUGCGUUUCUCCUGAGUUUGUAAACGCCAUAGCGAUGAAUCCUGGAGGAAGACCCAAGGAGAGACACAUGCACAGCUACCGUGAGGCCUUCGAGGAGAUGGAUGGUGGCCCCAUCAGUCCUACACCCACAGUUGGUGGUGAGGUGUUUCCCCAAACCCCUGCUUUCCCCAUCUCGCCGCAAACCCCUUACUUCAACCUGUGUCGGUCCCCUCCUGGUCUUGCCAAGACUCCACUGUCAGCCCUGGGUUUGAAGCCCCACAACCCAGCGGAAAUCCACCUCAACCAAACAGGCUCAGCACCAAGAAGCUAUGUAGAGUCUGUGGCAAGGUCGGCAGUGGCAGGCGGAGAGCAGCCCACAUCACCUCGGAGCCUUAGCCCACCAGAGGAGACUACAGGCCAGCAGAGAAGUCCUAGUCCCUCCUCCCACCCUUUGAACCCACCUUUGUCAAGCAGCAGCCCCAUCCAGAGCUCACAGGGUGAUCACGCCUUAGCAGAGAGCAGCAUCAGCACUCCGUCCCAACGCACUACUGAUUCGGGCUUCCGCUCCCAGGCUACAGAGAGUGCCUACCCCACUCCCACCCCCUCAUAUCAAGCCCUGAAUACCCCCACUUCUUCCUACCUGGAUUCCAGCUCUCCGACCUCUUCCUACCUUGGCACUACUACCCCUGCACUGUCCUAUGUUGGCCCCAACACCAUACUAGGGAGCUAUGUGGCCUCAGAUCCCAGCCCGCCCACCUCAGAUCUCUCCCAGACAACUCUCAGCCAUGGAAGUCCUCAUGCGCAGCACCGGACCAACAUCCAUGGCUCCACCCAUAACCCAGUUCCUCAGCAGCGCUCAAAUGCUAAUCAGGGUGGUUUCAUCGUGGGUCAGCAAACAUCACCAGCUAAUGGCUUCGAGGUGGGGAUGGUAGGUCUCAAUGGCAGUCCCAUCCUUGGUUGUCAUCUGUCUCACGUAGCUCAGAGCAGCCCAGUCCUCAGCAGACAGGCCUCUUUGGGACAGGAGUCUCAGCGGAGCCCGGUUCUCAGCAGGCAGCCGUCCCUGGGCCAGCCCAUGCAGAGCAGCCCAGUGCUCAGCCGACAGCCAUCCGUCACACAUCCCCAAGGAAGUCCAGUUUUGGGGCGACACCCAUCUGUAUCACAGGUAUCCCAGAGAAGCCCCAGUUUGGACCGUCACCCCAUGAACAGCGGUUACACCACCCCAGACGAGAGACACGGGAACCUGUCGCGACAGAGCAGCUCCUCGGGCUACCAGGGACCACCCACUCCCUCCUUCCCCAUCUCACCUGCAGGCUACCAGGAUGGGGGGAUGAUGGGGAUGGGUGUAGGGUUCCGGCAGGGUAGCCCAGCCCCUGGUUUCCAGCCACAGCUUCCAGAGAAGAGGCGCAUGUCCAGUGGCGAUAGACCAAACGGAGCAUUGUCCUAUGGCACGCUGAACGGGAAGAUAAUGUCCCCGGUGAGCGGAGGAAGCACUCCCAGCUACUUCCACACCCUCUCGGACUUUUCAAGGUUCAAUUUGCCAGAUGGAAGUCCUGAGAGCAGGCUAAAUGUCAAGUUUGUCCAAGACACGUCCAAGUUCUGGUACAAGCCAGACAUUUCCAGGGAGCAAGCUAUUAGCCUGCUGAGAGAGAGGGAGCCUGGAGCCUUUGUCAUCCGGGACAGUCACUCGUUCAGGGGGGCUUACGGCUUGGCUAUGAAGGUGGCCUCUCCUCCACCCUCAGUGCAUCAGAACAAGAAAGGUGACAUCACCAACGAGCUGGUGAGGCACUUCCUGAUUGAGAGCAGUCCUAAAGGAGUGAAGCUGAAGGGUUGUCCAAACGAGCCUUACUUUGGCUGUCUGUCUGCCUUGGUCUACCAACAUGCCAUCACCCCACUGGCUCUACCCUGCAAACUACUUAUCCCUACAACAGAUCUCAUCGAGGAAGUGCCAGAAGUCGCGACGACAAAUCCACUGGUUGAAAGGCUGAAACAAGGAGCAGUGCAGAGGGCCCCUGCUGAUUCCCAUGCAUGCAACGUGCUCUACAUCAACUCAGUGGAGAUGGAGUCCCUGACAGGCCCUCAGGCUGUUGCCAAGGCCAUAUCUGAGACACUGGCUGCCACUUCUCCCCCUACUGCCACCAUUGUGCACUUCAAGGUGUCUUCACAAGGCAUCACGCUGACCGACAACCAGAGGAAGCUUUUCUUCCGACGGCACUAUCCCAGCAACGCUGUCACAUUCUGCGAUAUUGACCCUCAGGACAGAAAGUGGAACAAGCCUGAGGGAGGCACGGCCAAGCUGUUUGGGUUUGUGGCCCGUAAGCAGGGAAGCACAACCGACAACGUCAGCCACCUCUUCGCUGAGAUGGAUCCUGACCAGCCUGCCAACGCCAUCGUCAACUUCGUCUUGAAGAUGAUCGCCUCACAGAAACGAUGAGAGCUGACAGCAAACCCUGGCGCUUUUUUAAAAAUGCCUUUGGUUAUUUUAUUUCCUUUUAACCACAGACGCUUACUUUCUGUUUUGGUCAACUUAGCAUUCGAUUUUAUGUGUCACCCUUUGUUUCUUGCUCUUACUUUUUCUUGAGUGUCUGUGUGUUUUUGUAUGUUAACAAAUGAAAGAGAACAAGACAGAGAGAGUGUGUGUGUGUGUGUGUGUGUGUGUGUGUGUGUGUGUGUGUGUGGCUUGCAUGCAUGUGCUUUUCUUCAUGGACGGACUCCAGAAUGGACCAGAGGAAGUGCAGGAUGGGCGUGGCUGUGUGUGACAAUGGGACGGGAGGCGAUUCUGAUCUCCCUGGCAGGGAAACGCAUGAACAGGAAGAGGGAAUGACAUUGUGUGUGCAAAUGUAAUUUUUUUUUAGCAAUUGGUUGAUAAAAUUUUUUUUAAAGAAGAAGUUAAGUUGUGUGAUGUAAAGGUGGAUUGCAAAUCUAUCAGGCUUUUGACAGGUCAACCAAAGAUUUUAAAAAAGUAGUCAGGGCGUGUAUAGUGUGCCACUGUCGGAGGGUUGGAAGUAUUCUUUUGUAAAACAAGUAUGGCUGCUUAAUCAAAAAUACUGAACUGUUUCUUUCUGUAUGUACUGUAGGUCAAUUCUGCACCGUUGCCAUUUAGCAAACAAUUUUUUCGGACAUUUUUGCAGCUGGUGAGGUCUGUGUAAAUAUUCCAGAUUGCUUUAUGAGUAGGACUGUUAUAGAUGACAUUUGGUGCCUGACUUUCUUUUGUAAUGCAGAGCUUUUUAUGGAAAAGAAGAACAGAAAAAAAGAACAUUAAACUCCUCCAGGCUGUAUUAAAUAUGCAAAUAGCCAAACAUGGAAUUAAGGUUGUUUUCCAAAAUUCCACAGGUCCUUCCCUGUUCAAUGACGAUGCAACCGAUGUUAUUCCUCUGAAGUGCAGCUAGAGGGUGAAGAUAUCAGCUAAACCAAUUUUUGUGCAUGUUCAGUUUCCAUGUGAGUACAGAAAAGCAUCAUUAAGAAGGCCACUGAAUCAUUGCAUCCUCGAAGCAUCUCGAUUGUUUUGGUCAGACAAGCAAAGAUGAGGAUUGGCUUCCUAUCUGCCAACAUUCUCUAUUCAGUCUGCGCAGCACAUAGCCACAUUAUUUUGCUCAUUACUGAAGGGCCUAAAGUUGUUUUGUGAGGACAAUCUUUAUAGAAAAGUGUUGUCCUCCUAUACAGCUCUUCAGCUUUCUGUGUUGAAAGUUUCUGUCAGUAGGAGAAGCUCCAUUGUGUCAGCCGGCCAAAACUGUUAACACUCACCCUACCCAAAAGUAAGCUAUACAUAUAAUAUACAUACAUAGAUAUAUAUAUAUAAACUUCCAAACAGUGACUUAAGAUAUUUAUUUUUGUUGCUUUAUUUUGUUGAUUGCUUUUUAUUUUGGCUAAAGUUCAUUGACAUAUAAGAUGUAAAGUGUGUGCAUUUAAAGUGUAUCACUGUUGUUUUUGAAUGUUUUUUUUUUUUCACAGCAUUUCUUCCUUUUGUUAACAUUCUUGUUUUCUUGGGGAGGCUUUGUUUUUUUAAGAGAGGGGAAAUAUUUUGUAUGAAAGAUUGUUGUUACUUAAGUCCAAAUCGGAGUUAUCCUAAAGUAAUGCCAACACUAUUGUGUUAUUAACUUAAACCUGCCGAGAAAAUACAUUGUCCAAGUUUAGCACUUAAAAUAUUGAAGUAUUAUCAGUGUAUUUCUACUUGUUAAAAAGAGACAAUAUGGAAAUUGACAGACCCAUGUCAUCAUUGCAUGUGUGGAGGCAGACUUCCUAGCUCCUCAAUCAUAUUGGCACAGCAUCUCAGCAUGGGUCUGGAGCUUGUUCAUGGACAACCAGUCAGUUCAGUCAGUAACUGCUGCCCUCAUGUGGUCUCGAAAGAUCAUUACAAAGGAACCACUUUUAUUCUACUACAGUGUUUUAGCUGUGAUUAUGGCAUGUCAAAAAGUAAAUGUUUAAAUAAUGUGAUCGCUUACAAAAUGAACUUUGAUUUUAAUAUUGAUUAAUAUGCUAAUUUUCUUAGCAAAUUAGUUUUGCUAAAUUCCAUUCAAGGAUGGAGUCGGACAGAUUAUCACUCCUUCCUUUAGGCCUGAUACUCUAGGAUUAGUUGGCACAUGAUGUAAACUAAUUAAAUAAGGGUUAGUUUGGGGGCCUUCAUUGACUCUAGUGUACUUCUUCAAAAGUGCAGCACUUACAGGGCUUUUAUAUUUGACUAGAAUGUUCCAUUAUUUAUUAGCAAGAGCCUGCAUGCUCGAUUCAAGUUGUUACCUUAACACUGCUGACUGUAUUCUGUACACAGUAUCCACAAGUCUUAUUCAACCCAGCCCUUUCCAGAAAGAUGCCCACAGAUAGUUAUCAGGUUUUGAUUUUCAUGUGACGACCGCAUCUCGACUCAUACGAGAAAGAAGAAUCUAGAUUGUUUGCCAUCAAAAUGCUGGUUGAGAAAAGAGUAUACUUUAAACUAAAUGUUUGCCAAGAUGGAAACUCCAGUGGCAUCUGCCCACUUUGACAGAUCAGUCUGGACUGUAGAAUGUGUGUGAAUGAGCUACUAUGCCUGUACAGAGCUUUGUUAUGUUUGGUUUGCUACAUUGUAUGGCUUUUACUAUUUCUGAUGGAAAAAAAACACAUUAAAAAGCAGUACAAAUCAAAAUGUA